AUGCCCUACGCUGCCGCUUCCGCUAACGGUCGAAACGUCGUCGUCGGGAACCGACUCUUCCACGGUCAAGUAAAGGCCGAUAACGUCGUCACCCAGAAGCCGGCGCCCGGUAUCGGCAGUUCGGUGGCCAACGCCGUUACCCGCAUCAACAAGUGCGCGGCCAAGUUUAACAAGGCCUCGUACAACGCACUCCCGUGCGAUAACUGCGAGACGUGGUCGAACCACGGUUCGGACACGUCGGGGAUGAUCUUCCAGGCGCCGUGCAAGAGCGUCAUGAAGAAGGACAAGUUCGGCCGCGUCUGGCCUCAAUCUUGUCUCGAAUGUCAAGCUAGGUCGGCCUCGAACUGUUCGUGUCUCGACCUUCCGUACUUGCGCUUGAACGAGGCGAUUCAAGCCGCCAACAACUUGCUCGGGGUGGUGAGCGGCACUUUGUCGGCCAUUACCGACAAGGCCCAGCGCCAGGCCCUCGAGAAGCAGGUCGAGGAGGCGCGAAACCUCCUCGCCGAGUACGACGAGCCCGAGGAGGAGGUCGUCGUCUUGGGGAACGCCAACGAGCAGAACGGCGCCUCGGUCGUUUCGGGCUGA